CAGCUCGUGUUCUGCAGUUCCUAUUUUGGGCGUGGAUUUGCAGGCAAUAGUUCUUGAAACGAUUUCGAUUUCCCACUACUAUCUGUAUCAGGCCCUUUGCUUUUUUUUUGCCAGCGGCGCCUACCUAACGGUUAGCAUGGCGUACUUCAGUGAUUGCGAUUGCGAAACGCAAGCAGGAUCGUCGGGCGCUACUGCCAUGUAUCCGUUUGUCGACCGUCCAGUCGAUUUGCCACAAUCCGCUGAGACGAGCGAUGGCGACACGGGAGAAUGGAUAACCUACGAAUGGCUGCCCACGAUCUUCUGGAGUGUAGGUCCUGAGUUCGGAAGUCGGGCCAAGAUCCGUCAGAUUCUACGUAGUCUGCGAGCGGACCAGAGAGCUAGAGCGGAGUCUGUUUCACGCAGUAAUACUGUGGGUCAAAUGGGCGGAAGCAUUUCGGACGGAUAUGCCACCGUGACUGCCCCACGCGGUGCAGUUGACAACGAUGUGAAGCUAUCCGUAACUGACCGGUCGCCACCUUUGCCAGUCCCCUUGAAAAGCCAUCCUGAAGUGUCUGUGGCCGGCCUCAUUUCUUGCACGCCAUCUGGUCUGAAAUUCAAUCGGGAUGUGAGGAUCGAGACAGAACUGCCAGAGUACAAUGCUGAUAUGCACCAGAUUCGGAUUGUGUACAUCCCUCAAGGGCACGGAAACAAGGGCAAAACUCCGCUAGAAGACUACUGCGACAUCACGGAUACUUGUGGACUGACGAUCCGUGACGGAAGAUUGAAGUUCAAAGUGGAUCAUUUCUCCGACUAUGCUAUUCUGCUGUUUGCCGUGGCUGCGAGCGCCAUAGCUGGAACCAUAGCAGGCACCGUACUUGGUGCUACUGUGACCUAUAGCAUCAUGCAAGACCUACAAGGUCACGUGUCGACUGUUCGUAGCGCCACCAUGAUGGUGAAGGCCUACGUGACAUUCAACGCACGAAGGGCCCCAGGCAGCUUUAAAGUUGCAUUCGGUGCUCAUGAGGACGAGUUUGAGGACUACGGGCAUUUUCCUCUACUGGAGAUUGGUCCAAUGGAUGUGUCGUCUUGGACCGGUAAAGGAGUGACACUGAAGCCAACCAUGGAUGAAGGGUCGUGGAAAUUUGCGAAUGCCAGCCAAUGUGCCCGCCGCUUGUACACGGUCGAUUCACCACCUGUUGUGCUGACGAUUACGACAAGGCUCUUUAGAUGGACAUCAUUGGACGCUUCGAGGUGUAGUGGGAAGCUCACAUUGCUCGACUCUUCAAACCAUCGGAAUAGUGAGACUCACAGCUUUAUGUUUCUUCCACCAUAUUCGGAUGUCUUUUUUGAAGCAUUUCAUCCGACCAGACGUGAUAAUCCAUGGUUCGACCCUCGCUUCAACUCACGGCAAUACUACGUGUUUGUUCACAUGUUGGAUCCGACACUGCUGCGCGUGCAUGCUACCGACCGAGGACUCCUGACGCACCGCCAGUCUCAGCAAAUACAGGCAAGUAGUAACCCAAUCGACGGGACAUCUCUCCUGAUAACGAUCCUUGUGCAGCAGGGCACACCGUCCUUCCGUAGCUUUCUCGAUGUCCUUUCAGACAUGGGAUACCAGGACAAGCGGCUGGAGUUUGAGGAGCUACUAACCCCGCCUUCAGCAACCUAAGUCCUGCCUUAUAGUGUAGACACUAAUACGGAAAUUGGCCCGGUAAAACUGUCCCAGGAAAAUUGCCCUGGAGCCUUUGCCCUAAGCCCAGCUUCUAAAAUGUAGAUGGCGACUGUCCUGAAACAUGUUGAGUAUGUUCUUACAGCCUUUUAUUAUUGUUAUUAUUAAAAUGCCUAUGUGGAGAUAAAAAUGUAAUUAACGUAAUAACUAGAGCAAGCUCAAGUAAUAAUGUGCGUUCAAGGAAUGAUAUACAUGAAAACAAAAUUUACUUAUGGUGUUUAUACUGAAUGCGCAACUUGCUCUAUUUAUUGCGUUACUAUUUUUUAUUAUUACCUAAAGAGAAAAAGGACCUAUAAGCUACUAGUUAUGACUAACAGUCCACCAAGGUAACCAAGGUAACGAGAUAAUAUACAAUGUACAGUCAGAUAGUGCGACAACGAGGCACAAAACUGACAAAGACAUUGAGACAUUGUAGGUCUUUUUCUCUUUACAUAUUUCUAUUGGCUCAACAUCCGAGUUUUUAUUAUUACCGGUAUCAUCAAAUUUUUAAUAGGGGGGUUACUGGUCUUAUACUCUGCAUUACUGCGAUAUGCUGAUGCUGUCCAGCUAAAUACCUUGUACAUAUCAGAUUAAUUAUGAGAUUUCCCUUUUUAUUUUAAAUAUGAGCUUUAAAGCUCCAUCCUGGAUGGACUGCCAAUAUUAAAAUUAAUAAUUUUGUGCAUACUAGCAUAGCAGCUCCCUUCCCUGACUGUGUACGUUGAACUUGAAGUAAUCCAAUUCCCAUUCCGUUUAAACUCGGAUAGAGAGCCAAGGAUUAAUAAUUUUUUUUAAACCCAUUUUGACUCAACCGUAUCCUGCUUAUGCUCUUUAGUGUUGGGCAAAGCGGAUAACUUGUAAACUUAUGGUCCUCCCUUUCAGUAAUAAACCAGCAAUGGUGAUAAUUAUUUCUUCCCGCUUGGGCGUGUUCACGUUUCCGAAUUUGUUUCGUGUUUACUACUGCUGUAUUCCUUGAAAUACCAUCUUCAAUACUGAACUUUGAUCUCACUUUGUUUUAACA